UCUAUCGUAGUAUAACCUUACCGUAAAUAGAUCAGUCAUAUGUUCAUGUGUAAGAAUGCGAUGUAUUCUUUCAUUCAUAAAUAAUCUUUACGCACUACUACAUACGCUUAUUGCUUUUGACAAUUUGGUUAGAUUAAAUGGGAAUGAUACGUUUGUAUCAUAAGAGAAUUCCUAUAAUCGCAACAAAUUAUAAAUAAGUUUUCCGCCGUCUGAAAGACAUGUGAAUAGAAUAAUGUUUAUUUACUGCACAUCAUAUAGUAUAGCUCGAGAAAAAUGUCUGCAAUUAUAGAUGAUAAAGUUGUUGCAGGUGCGAAGAAUUCAAAUACGAUUAAAGAAGACCCAAUUGUAGCGUUAACGGAAAAAGUGAAAGCCUUGUAUCUCUUUCGAGAUCGCUACUUUGAAACACAUUCUAUCAAUGAAGCGAUAAAGAAAAAUACCGAUGUGGAAAAGGAGAUGAAAGACACGCUGAGCAAGUUUGAUGAGUGUAAUGGAUAUGAGAUAGAUGGCUCACGUGCAAAGUAUUAUUAUUUAAAAGGAAGAGCACUAAAUGUAGUGGAUCGUUUUAUUCCACAAGCAGAGGAACUUUUAAGUAAAGCUGUGAAAUUGGAGCCUAAAUUAAUAGAAGCGUGGAAUGAAUUAGGGGAAUGUUAUUGGAAGAAUGAUGAUAUAAAACAAGCAAAGAAUUGUUUUGUUGGUGCUGUGCAACAUGGUAGAAAUAAAGUGUCUUUGCGAAAUUUAUCAAUGGUGCUUAGACAAGAACAAACUUCAUCUAUUGAACAACGGACAAAAAAUAUUCAACAGGGAGUUGAGUAUGCUAAAGAAGCUGUAAGCCUUGAUACAACUGAUGGAGUAUCUUGGGCAAUAUUAGGAAAUUCUUAUUUGUCUUCUUUCUUUACAGUAACACAAAACCCAAAUACUUUACGUUUAUGCAUGUCAGCAUAUAUGCAAGCGGAGAAAGAUAUUAUUGCGAGAAGUAAUCCGGAUUUGUUUUAUAACAAGGCAAUAGCUCUAAAAUAUCAAGAAGAAUAUAAUCUUGCAUUACAAUCAUUCGAAAAUGCAAUGACACUUGAUCCACUAUGGGAAACACCACGCAACAAAAAAGAUGAAUUACUAAAAUAUCUUAAAGAUAUUCAAAAUUCAAUUAAUAACAAUGGACAUGUAAAACCAAAACGAUUAUAUCAAUUAAUACGGGGAUUGGAUAUUAAACAUUUAGGACCAUACAAAGGUGGAUCAUACACAUCUGGAGAGAAGUCGUUAAAAUUAGAUUUAAUUUCAUUGAAAGAAUUAGCUCUUGGACUGAAUAUCGAGAAAGUUGUAUUUGGAAAAGUAGUUUGUUGGAUACAAGACUCGGAUUGUGUUCCAUUUGCUUUUUGCCUUGUGGAUGAGCAGAAAACAUGUAUUGUUGUUACUGUAUACAAUCUAGCUAAAGGCCGAGGAGUUACAGUUGGGGAUUCUGUUGGUAUACCAGAGCCUUUUGUGAUACAUCAAAAAUUCUCCUAUAUGAAUAAUGAAUUUGACUACAAAUCUAUUCGCGUCGAAACCCCAAUUGUACUUGUAGUUAAUGGAAGAAAAUUGGGUCGAGAGCAACAAGCAAGCGCAAAUUUGCAUAGUUAUAAAAUGACAGAUUAAAUUGGAUAAGCUAUUCAAUAAUAAGUUAAUUGGACAUUGGAUUACAUAAUUAGUCCUCAGUAAUAGAUGAUUUUCGAACUUAUAUUUGCUUUUGAAUAACAGUGCGAAUAGCUAACGAUGAAACUAAUCAAUACAUUUAAACAUAUACAUUUUUUAAUAUAUUACGAUAUAUAUA